AUUAUCCUAAUUAAUGUCUAUCUAAUUAAAUUACUGUCAGCAGUUAACCAAUGGCAGGAGCCGUUUCAUCGGCUGCACAAGCAGCAAGAUCAAAAGUGAGCCUUUUCUGAUUGCUGCAUAGUGUCAAUUGGCCAAUCUCUUCUCCCAGGGAAAAAAAAAAGUAAAUCAAACCUUUGAGAAGCAUUUGCUGGUUGAAGUGCUUUCUGUCUAGUGAGGGGGUCUGUGGAUUUCUAGUUUAUGAUAAAUAGGACUUUAAAAACCAGGGACGGGAGGGCGAGUGUUCAGGUUCUAGAGCUAUGCAGCUGGAGCACUGCCUUUCUCCUUCUAUCAUGCUCUCCAAGAAAUUUCUCAAUGUGAGCAGCAGCUACCCACAUUCAGGCGGAUCCGAGCUUGUCUUGCACGAUCAUCCCAUUAUCUCGACCACUGACAACCUGGAGAGAAGUUCACCUUUGAAAAAAAUUACCAGGGGGAUGACGAAUCAGUCAGAUACAGACAAUUUUCCUGACUCCAAGGACUCACCAGGGGACGUCCAGAGAAGUAAACUCUCUCCUGUCUUGGACGGGGUCUCUGAGCUUCGUCACAGUUUCGAUGGCUCUGCUGCAGAUCGCUACCUCCUCUCUCAGUCCAGCCAGCCACAGUCUGCGGCCACUGCUCCCAGUGCCAUGUUCCCGUACCCCGGCCAGCACGGACCGGCGCACCCCGCCUUCUCCAUCGGCAGCCCCAGCCGCUACAUGGCCCACCACCCGGUCAUCACCAACGGAGCCUACAACAGCCUCCUAUCCAACUCCUCGCCGCAGGGAUACCCCACGGCCGGCUACCCCUACCCACAGCAGUACGGCCACUCCUACCAAGGAGCUCCGUUCUACCAGUUCUCCUCCACCCAGCCGGGGCUGGUGCCCGGCAAAGCACAGGUGUACCUGUGCAACAGGCCCCUUUGGCUGAAAUUUCACCGGCACCAAACGGAGAUGAUCAUCACCAAACAGGGAAGGCGCAUGUUUCCUUUUUUAAGUUUUAACAUUUCUGGUCUCGAUCCCACGGCUCAUUACAAUAUUUUUGUGGAUGUGAUUUUGGCGGAUCCCAAUCACUGGAGGUUUCAAGGAGGCAAAUGGGUUCCUUGCGGCAAAGCGGACACCAAUGUGCAAGGAAAUCGGGUCUAUAUGCAUCCGGAUUCCCCCAACACUGGGGCUCACUGGAUGCGCCAAGAAAUCUCUUUUGGAAAAUUAAAACUUACGAACAACAAAGGAGCUUCAAAUAACAAUGGGCAGAUGGUGGUUUUACAGUCCUUGCACAAGUACCAGCCCCGCCUGCAUGUGGUGGAAGUGAACGAGGACGGCACGGAGGACACCAGCCAGCCCGGCCGCGUGCAGACAUUCACUUUCCCUGAGACUCAGUUCAUCGCCGUCACCGCCUACCAGAACACCGAUAUUACACAACUGAAAAUAGAUCACAACCCUUUUGCAAAAGGAUUUCGGGAUAAUUAUGACACGAUCUACACCGGCUGUGACAUGGACCGACUGACCCCCUCGCCCAACGACUCGCCGCGCUCGCAGAUCGUGCCCGGGGCCCGCUACGCCAUGGCCGGCUCUUUCCUGCAAGACCAGUUCGUGAGCAACUACGCCAAGGCUCGCUUCCACCCAGGCGCGGGCGCGGGCCCCGGGCCGGGUACGGACCGCAGCGUGCCGCACACCAACGGGCUGCUGUCGCCGCAGCAGGCCGAGGACCCGGGCGCGCCCUCGCCGCAGCGCUGGUUUGUGACGCCGGCCAACAACCGGCUGGACUUCGCGGCCUCGGCCUACGACACGGCCACGGACUUCGCGGGCAACGCGGCCACGCUGCUCUCUUACGCGGCGGCGGGCGUGAAGGCGCUGCCGCUGCAGGCUGCAGGCUGCACUGGCCGCCCGCUCGGCUACUACGCCGACCCGUCGGGCUGGGGCGCCCGCAGCCCCCCGCAGUACUGCGGCACCAAGUCGGGCUCGGUGCUGCCCUGCUGGCCCAACAGCGCCGCGGCCGCCGCGCGCAUGGCCGGCGCCAACCCCUACCUGGGCGAGGAGGCCGAGGGCCUGGCCGCCGAGCGCUCCCCGCUGCCGCCCGGCGCCGCCGAGGACGCCAAGCCCAAGGACCUGUCGGAUUCCAGCUGGAUCGAGACGCCCUCCUCGAUCAAGUCCAUCGACUCCAGCGACUCGGGGAUUUACGAGCAGGCCAAGCGGAGGCGGAUCUCGCCGGCCGACACGCCAGUGUCCGAGAGCUCGUCCCCACUCAAGAGCGAGGUGCUGGCCCAGCGGGACUGCGAGAAGAACUGCGCCAAGGACAUUAGCGGCUACUAUGGCUUCUACUCGCACAGCUAGGCCGCCCCUGCCCGCCCCGGCCCCGCCGCGGCCCGGACCCCCAGCCAGCCCCUCACAGCUCUUCCCCAGCUCCGCCUCCCCACACUCCUCCUUGCGCACCCCCUCAUUUUAUUUGACCCUCGAUGGCCGUCUGCAGCGAAUAAGUGCAGGUCUCCGGGCGUGAUUUUAACCUUUUUUGCACAGCAGUCUCUGCAAUUAGCUCACCGACCUUCAACUUUGCUGUAAACCUUUUGGUUUUCCUACUUACUCUUCUUCUGUGGAGUUAUCCUCCUACAAUUCCCCUCCCCCUUAUCUUUCUCUUACCUCCUACUUCUCUUUCUUGUAAUGAAACUCUUCACCUUUAGGAGACCUGGGCAGUCCUGUCAGGCAGCAGCGAUUCCGACCCGCCAAGUCUCGGCCUCCACAUUAACCAUAGGAUGUUGACUCUAGAACCUGGACCCACCCAGCGCGUCCUUUCUUAUCCCCGAGUGGAUGGAUGGAUGGAUGGAUGGUAGGGAUGUUAAUAAUUUUAGUGGAACAAAGCCUGUGAAAUGAUUGUACAUAGUGUUAAUUUAUUGUAACGAAUGGCUAGUUUUUAUUCUCGUCAAGGCACAAAACCAGUUCAUGCUUAACCUUUUUUUCCUUUCCUUUCUUUGCUUUUCUUUCUCUCCUUUCUCAUACUUUCUCUUCUCUCUCUUUUAAUUUUCUUGUGAGAUAAUAUUCUAAGAGGCUCUAGAAACAUGAAAUACUCAAUAGUGAUGAGUUUCCCACUUCUCCUCAAUCCGUUGCAUGAAAUAAUUACUAUGUGCCCUAAUGCACACAAAUAGCUAAGGAGAAUCCACCCAAACACCUUUAAAGGAUAGGUGUCUGUUCAUAGGCAAGUCGAUUAAGUGGCAUGAUGCCUGCAAAGCAAAGUCAACUGGAGUUGUAUGUUCCCCCCCACCCAA